CCUUGGGGGGGCAUUUGUAAUCUUUUUUUCCUUUGCUUUUGUCUGCAGCACGAGAGAGAGCAGAUCAUGACGACCAACGUAUGGCUAACGCAGGAGUGGGAAGACUAUCGCCUCACGUGGAACCCGGAGGAAUUCGACGACAUGAAGAAGGUGCGGCUGCCAUCCAAGCACAUCUGGCUCCCGGACGUUGUGCUGUACAACAACGCCGACGGGAUGUACGAGGUGUCCUUCUACUCCAACGCAGUGGUGUCCUACGACGGCAGCAUCUUCUGGCUCCCGCCAGCCAUCUACAAGAGCGCCUGCAAAAUCGAGGUGAAGCAUUUCCCUUUUGACCAGCAGAACUGCACCAUGAAAUUCCGCUCGUGGACCUACGACCGCACCGAGAUCGACCUGGUGCUGAAGAACGAGGUGGCCAGCCUGGACGACUUCACGCCCAGCGGCGAGUGGGACAUCAUCGCCCUGCCCGGGCGGCGCAACGAGAACCCCAACGACUCCACCUACGUGGACAUCACCUACGACUUCAUCAUCCGCCGGAAGCCGCUCUUCUACACCAUCAACCUCAUCAUCCCGUGCAUCCUCAUCACGUCCUUGGCCAUCCUGGUCUUCUACCUGCCCUCCGACUGCGGCGAGAAGAUGACCCUCUGCAUCUCCGUGCUGCUGGCCCUCACCGUCUUCCUGCUGCUCAUCUCCAAGAUCGUGCCGCCCACCUCGCUGGACGUGCCGCUGGUGGGCAAGUACCUGAUGUUCACCAUGGUGCUGGUGACCUUCUCCAUCGUCACCAGCGUCUGCGUCCUGAACGUCCACCACCGCUCGCCCACCACCCACACCAUGCCGCCGUGGGUCAAGGUGGUCUUCCUCGACAAGCUGCCCACCCUGCUCUUCAUGAAGCAGCCGCGGCAGAACUGUGCCCGGCAGCGGCUGCGGCAGAAGCGCCAGAGCCAGGAGCGGGCCUCCGGGGGCUUCUUCCUGCGGGAGGGGGCCCACUCCUGCACCUGCUAUGCCAACCCGUCCACUGUCAAGAAGCUCGGGACAGGGAGUGGAGGCAGCGGUGGAGGAGGAGGAGGGGGAGGAGGAAGGCCCUUUUUGGAAGCGGCGGAUGGGCUCAACGGCUACCGGGACAGGCCAGGCCAAACGGCGCCGCCGCCGCCCGGCCACUGCUGCUGCGGACUGGAGGAGGCCGUCGACGGCGUGCGCUUCAUCGCUGACCACAUGCGGAGCGAAGAUGACGACCAAAGCGUGAGCGAGGACUGGAAGUACGUGGCCAUGGUGAUCGACCGCCUCUUCUUGUGGAUCUUCGUCUUCGUCUGUGUCUUCGGUACCAUCGGCAUGUUUUUGCAGCCGCUCUUCCAAAAUUACGCCACCAACUCCCUUCUGCAAAUCAACCAUGGCGUGCCCAGCUCCAAAUAGGGGUUGGGCUGCCCCUCUUCUCUGCCCCCCUGCCCAGAGGAAAGAGAGUGUGAAAGGGACCCCCCGCCCACCCAGUCCUUCUGUGGACACUGCCUCGAAGUGCGACCUAGGAAAAGGAACUCCUUCCAUGCCUCCUUGUCUCCCCAGCUCUCUCUUUAGGACCUGGACCACGACCUGCUCAAGGAACAGGGAGCAGACGGAAAGGACGGAUUACUGGGAUGCAUCCCUUGGCUGGGGGGCCGGGGGCCGUGUUGGGCAAAGGCAGAGCACGUGUUUUGUAUGCAGAAGGCCAGGGGUCCAGUCCCUGCUCUUACCAUUACAAACAAAGGUGAUGGGAUGGGGGAACAUCCGUUCCCCGAGCUCUUCUCUGCUCCUAGGCAUUGUAGGUUCUCUUGGACUAGCUGGCCAACUGGCUGGAAUUCUCUAAGACUGACAAAAGCUCGCGAGGAAAACAUGCUGAUCUUCCUUCCAAACAGCUGCAGGGACGGGCCAAGUUUCUGAACAGCCAGGAGAACACAUUCAAUGUAAGGUCA